AUGCUCUGCCGGUAAUUAGAUGUAAUAGUUUUAACCCAUUGUUAACCACACUGCUGUUUUGGGUGUACUGCCAACUCUUCAGGGAAAUAUUUUUUUGUUUUUGUUUUGAUGAUGCAGCAAAGGGUUAAUAUGGUCAAGCUGUACCUGUACCUUAUUGUGGUGGUGGUGGGGGGGGGAGACAUACAGCUUAUUUAAUUUGACCAAUUCCAAUUUAUUCGCCUGACUCUUGGCCUUUUCUCAACACUUAUUUAAACAUUUUAGAAAUGAAUCAUAAACAUAACUAUAUUAUUUAUUUUAAAUAUUUUGCACAAUCGUUGUUCGUCCUAUGAGAGAGAGACACUAAUACACACUAUAUAACCGUAAUCCUUGUAUUAUGGGAAAAUAAUUUUCAUCGAAGUGAUUUGGAAACUGUAAACUAAUAACCCAACACUGAGUGCUUUAUCAAUGUCUCCAGCUUCUUAUAAUGUUAUUUUCCCAUAAAACACGUUUGGUUUUCAUCUUUACUAUAAUUAGGGUUAAAAAUGUAAAUUCUUACUCUACUACCCAGGCAUCAAUGUUACUCGUCACUGUAAAUGUCUUCCUGUGAGUUAACAGAGCCGUAUCAUGCCCACCUGUGCUCACCGCCAAUAACUUGUGUAGUAUCAAACAAUGCCAAGUAUGUGGGUUUAGGCUGAGCGGUAUAGAUACAGCUAGGGAGUCCGCUGCUUGAUCCCCUUGUGGCCACAGUUACCAGCCACGUACCCAUUAUUAUAAUAAACUGCUGCUUUUAGGCUGCACAGGGUGACUGGGUCUAUGCCACCCUCACCAAGGCUGAACUUCUACCAGCCGAUUGAUAAUAUUACUUCAAGAAACGUAAUAUUUAGAUUGAAUUUUAGUUUUAAUCCUUUAUUUUUCAUAUACCUUUUACAGUUACAAUUAGUAAAAACUGAAAUAAAACAAUAGGUGCAUAACUGUUAGCUCAGAUAAAAUUACACGUGAGUUGGAAUAUUUUAUAAUAAAUAGAAAACUUGGGAGGGUCUCAAAACCAGCCACCUUAACGGAGGCCAAUCCAGAGACAAAUAGAGAGAUCAAAUUGACCCCCCCCAGGACUUGCUGCCCUGCGGUGGCAGAGACUCAGUUGGUACACCCAAUGCUUAGAGAAAAGCAAGUUUGUCCUUGUGCUGAAUAAGCGGAAGUUUCAUGUCAUUCCUUUCUGCCAACAAGCGAUGGUUCCACAUCUGUAUGGAAACUUGGCCUCUGAAGUAGCUUUGUUAUAGUGCAGUACAACUGCCUCCAUUGCAUAGUUGAUCUUGAGAGAUCUCUGUAGAAGGACAACUGUGAGCCUUCAAAAGUCAAUGAGGAGGGAUGCUUUUGUGGCCUUUAAUACCGCAGAGCUGACAGUCUCUCUAAAAUUGUAGAAGCACAUCCCUGGAGGCCUCUGAUGGUGCGUUUUGGGUCUUAGCGAGACAGAAACAGUGAACAGUAGCCGCUUGUUUCGUGGACAGCAACAUAGUAGCCAUCCGUAGUGGGGUAACGCCUAAGGGGAAACCAUCUCAGGCACUCCUUUGAUCCUGACAUUGCGGGCCUUAGCCCUAUCCUACCGAUUUUACCUGUCGCAUGCUUAAAUCUCCAUAUUUCUUCUGUAUGGUGUCAAGUGCAGCAUCUGUAGCAGACUGUGGCACUUGCAUGCCCCCAAAAUAUUCUCCUAUAGCUAGUAUGUGGUCUGUCAGCAUUGCAACCUCCUCCCUCACAGCACUGUGUUAGCCUGAAACACUGCUUUAAUGUCCUGUAGAAGUGUUGAGGGAGCGUUAUCCUCCAGCCACGAAUGCGGUGGUACCUGCAGGAUGAUUGGGAAGUUCUCCUCCUGUAACUUCUCAUAUGAAGCCAUGGAGUAGAACCCAGGAGGUGCCAUAUUUGAAGGGGCGAGUUGUUGUGGCUAAUGCAGCAAAGCCCCAAUGUCUUGGAAGGCUUGCCCGGGAUCCGCACAUAAUUUUUUCGGAGUGUCGUCCCAUAGUCUAUGGCUAGGUGUAUGCUGCAAUUAUAAUUGGCAAGUGCAAACUAUGGCUCAGGCAAAGUUGCAUAAAAAAAAUUAUCGUGUCGUUUCUCACUAGUAGUGCAUCCGUCUCGAGUGAGUGAGCGCAUCUUUAAGAAUAUAUUAUUAUUUUUGUACUUUCUUUUAUGCCGUUUAGUUUUUUGGUUUGCCUUUUGUUUCCACUUGUAUCUAGGAACUUGCAUUAAUAGGAACAUUAUCAUUCUAGUGGGUGUUUCACUUUACCUGUAUAUUUGUAGGAUGUAUUUAAUUUUGUAGGUGUUAAUCAGUUCACAACAAAGAGAAAUGUGGUAAGUCUCUUUUUCCUUAUGUUGUGAUAUGAUGUAAAGCAGUUUUGACAAAGAUGACUAAUCAGGGGAUUUCUAAAGUUUAGAAAAAAAUAACCCGAUUGUAAAAAUUCUCCAACUCGCCUGAUUUUCCAACUGGGUCAUUUCAGCCUGAAGCUUAAAACUUCCUGGUUAUUUCCUCAAC